AUGGGGCUGCCGCGCUGGCUGCCUCUGCUGGCGCUGCUGGUGGCGCUGCCGCGGGCAGGGCCGCGGGCCCAGGAGCCCAUCAGGGUGUUCGUGGUGCCGCACAGCCACAUGGACGUGGGCUGGCUCUACACGGUGCAGGAGAGCAUGCGGGUCUACGCGGCCAGCGUGUACACGACGGUGGUGCGGGAGCUGGCGCUGGGGGAGCACCGGCGCUUCAUCGCCGUGGAGCAGGAGUACUUCCGGCUGUGGUGGGACCGGACCGCCUCCCGGGCGCAGAAGCUGCAGGUCCGCGAGCUGCUGGCCCAGGGGCGCCUGGAGUUUGUGAGCGGAGGCCAGGUCAUGCCCGACGAGGCCGUGACGCACUUCGACGACCAGAUCCUGCAGCUCACAGAAGGACACGGCUUCCUGUACGAGACCUUCGGGAUCCGGCCGCGGGUCUCCUGGCAGGUGGAUGCGUUCGGCGCCUCUGCCACCACGCCCACCCUGUUCGCCCUGGCGGGGUUCAAUGCCCAUGUCAUCUCCCGGAUCGACUACGAGGUCAAGAAUGCCAUGGCAAACACCAAGGAGAUGCAGUUCGUGUGGCGCGGGUCCCGGUCGCUGGCGGAGCAGCAGCAGAUCUUCACGCACGUCCUGGACAGUAGCUACUGCAUGGAGGGGUAUUCCUGGGAAGGCGUGGCCCCGCUCCCAGCACGCCUCCAGGAUGUGGCGUCCGUGAACCCCAGCGACCCCCCCAUCACCACGUGCAACAUCGAAACGUACCUGGAGAGCUUUACGGGCGUCACGGCGGAGUACGCCACCCUGAGCUCCUACCUCCGCGCCGUGCACGCCCACAACGCCACCUGGCACGUCCGCGGCCACCAGGACUUCCUGCCCUACACCUCAGAGGAGCUGCAGGUGUGGACGGGCUUCUACGCCUCCCGCAGCGGGCUCAAGGGGCUGGCGCGGCGGGCCAGCGCGCUGCUGCACGCGGGCGAGUCCAUGUUCACGCGCUGCCUGUGGCCGCGCCCCCCGCGCCGCCUGGACCCCGGCUGGGCCCUGAGGCAGCUCCGGAAGCUCCGCUGGGCCGUCUCCGAGGUGCAGCACCACGACGGCAUCACGGGGACGCAGGCCGCGCAGGUGCGGGACAUGUCCGUGGAGCACCUGAGCGCGGGGAUGCAGGCCGUGCUCCGGCUGACGGCCGCCAUCGUCCUGGACCGGCCCCCGGACGCCCCAGGCUCCGAGCCCGAGGGACACCUGGCCGCGGUCUACAACCCCCUGGCCUGGCCGGUCACCGCUCUGAUCACACUGACCGUGAGCUUCCCCCACGUCAACGUCACCGACGAGUCAGGCCGGCCGGCCGAGGCCCAGGUCCAGAGAUCAAAGAAGAUCCUGGAUAAAUAUGACUUGUAUGUGCUGACCACAAUCCAGGGCCUCAGCUACCGGUACUACAGUAUCAGGCCGGCCGAGCAGGCCCCGGAUGGCAAACAGGCAUCAGGUGCCUCCAUGACAGUCACCUCCAAGCUUGGCCUCAAGCCGAGACGACCACGCAGCAGGCCCAGGGGCCAGAACCUGGUGUCCGUGUCGAACGACUGCUACACCGUCUUCCUGGACCGGGACACCAACCUGCUGCACAGCAUCUGGGAGAGAUGGAGCAACCGGACGGUGAGCGUGACGCAGGAGUUCCUGGAGUACACGGCCAGCGGCACCCUGAGUGACGGCCCCGUCUCCGACAACUACAUGUUUCUGCCGAAGGGGCCCGCGGGCCCGGCGUGGGAGGCGGUGAGCGUGGAGAUCGCGCGCGGGCGCCUCCUGACGGAGAUCCGGCAGCACUUCUACAGGACGCCGGGCGCCAAGGAGCCCACCUACGCCAUCUACUCCCGCCUGGCCCACGUGCCGCCCGCCCAGGAGCUGCUCUGCGGCCGCCUGGAGCAGGAGCUGCGUGUGGGGCCUCUGGGGGUGAACCGCGAGGCCAUCCUGCGGACCAGCACCGGCCUGCAGAGCCUGCAGGUCCUGCACUCGGACAGCAACGCCUUCCAGAUGCAGCGGAGGCCCUACCGGCACUACCAGGGCCACGCCAUCUCCCGGAAUUACUACCCCAUGGUGCAGUCGGCCUACAUCGAGGACAGCAGGAGCAGGCUGGUGCUGCUCUCCGGGCAGGCGCACGGCGUCUCCAGCCAGGGGAACGGAGAGGUGGAGGUGCUGCUCCACCGGCGCCUGUGGAACGAGCUGGAGUUGACCCAGUACUUCAACGUCUCCCUGAAAGAGCCCUCGGUCACCCGCCCCGUGUUCUGGCUCCUGCUGGGCCCCCCGGCCGUGACCACCCGCCUGCGCCCGAGGGCAGGGCUGGCGCUGCAGCACAGGCCCGUGGUGGUGCGGGGGAGGCUGACCGAGGCUGACUCCCUGAGCGCCCGCCAGCAAGAGGCUGUGACGCUGCCCCCGAGUCUCCACCUGCAGACCCUGAGCAUCCCCGGCUGGAACUACAGCUCAGACCACGCCGAGCACCUGCAGGACCUCGGGAAAGGCUUCCCCAGGAAGGCCACGGCCGACCUCCGCCGUGUCCUGCUGCGGCUGCACCACCUGUACGAGACCGGGGAGGACCAGGUGCUGUCGCAGCCGGUGACCGUGGACCUGAAGUCCGUGCUGCGGGGGCUGGGCUCGCUGGUGGCCGUGGAGGAGCGCUCGCUCACGGGGACCUGGAGUGCAGACUCGCUGCAGCGCUGGAGCUGGAGGACGCGCACCCCAGGCGGCGCCCGGCCCAGAGCCCCGCGAGGCCCCGUCGUCACCAUCGGCCCCAAGGAGAUCCGGACCUUCUUCGCCCACUUCCAGCCGCACUGA